UUACACAGCGAGCUGACUUUGGCUUGGGCCUCGGCUGUGUUCAAACAAGGGGUGUGUGUGAGAGUACAGGGAGGGCAAGGGGGUGGCUGCAGAACCAGUGUGCAUGUGUGUGUGUGUGUUUGUGUGUGCGGGAGACCGUGCGGUGUAGCUUUGUACUGCUAACUGCUGUGAGUCCACGGAGGGAGAGGAGAGCAGCAAGGACUGACUGAAGGAAGGAGGGGUAAAGGGGAAGGAGAGAGCUCUUGAUUUGUCGUGGGAGUUUUAAAAAAAAAAAAAAAAAAACUUGGUCCCUGUUCUCCCCGCUCUGAUGCUCUUUUCUUACCACGAGGAAAGAGAGAGGGAGAGGGAACGGGGGCAGACAAAAGGAGGAGGGAACGUUUUGAAAAAAGAGACGGCGGCAUGGCUUUGUGCGCUGUUGCACACCGGCAGGAGCUGGGAAAACAGAGCGUAUUUUGAAGAGGUGUGGGAAGCAGAGCUGGACCUGGGAAGUUGAACGGAUUGGGAUUAUAGUUCUGUGAGGUCAACCGUGAAACCUCUCAUGAACUGCGUUGCGAAAGAGGCCCCUAUUGCGGCAAGAAAUUAAAAGGCGGUUGGAUAUUUCUGUUUUUUGGAUUAAAAAAAAAAAAACUAAAAGCCACUGAAACUAAGGCUUGGAUUUGGGGGGGCUUUAAGAGGGAUGGAGCUGGAACAGAAAGCCAGCGAGCCUUGCCUCUCUCCUGCUGCCUUUGUUGACCAGGUGCAGUACUCCAACAUACUGGAGGGGAGGUUCAAGCAGCUGCAAGACGAACGUGAGGCGGUACAGAAGAAGACCUUCACAAAGUGGGUGAACUCUCACCUGGGCCGGGUCACCUGUCGCAUCGGGGACCUGUACACUGACCUGCGUGAUGGCCGCAUGCUCAUCCGCCUGCUGGAGGUGCUGUCCAGCGAGCAGCUGCCCAAGCCCACCAAGGGUCGCAUGCGAAUCCACUGCCUGGAGAAUGUGGACAAGGCCCUGCAGUUCCUCAAGGAGCAGAAGGUCCACUUGGAGAACAUGGGCUCCCAUGACAUUGUGGACGGGAACCACCGCCUCACGCUGGGCCUCAUAUGGACCAUCAUCCUGCGCUUCCAGAUCCAGGAUAUCAGCGUGGAGACAGAGGACAACAAGGAGAAGAAAUCGGCCAAAGACGCCCUGCUUCUGUGGUGCCAGAUGAAGACUGCUGGGUACCCCAAUGUCAAUGUUCACAACUUCACGACCAGCUGGAGAGAUGGCCUGGCUUUCAACGCCAUUGUGCACAAACACAGACCUGACCUUAUCGAGUUUGACAACCUGAAGCGGUCCAACGCCCACUACAACCUCCAGAACGCGUUCAACGUGGCGGAGAAGGAGCUGGGCCUCACCAAGCUGCUGGACCCUGAGGAUGUCAACGUUGACCAGCCAGAUGAGAAGUCUAUCAUCACCUAUGUGGCCACCUACUACCACUACUUCUCCAAGAUGAAGGCCCUGGCUGUUGAGGGCAAAAGAAUUGGCAAGGUGCUGGACUACGCCAUCGAGGCCGACCAGCUGAUCGAGAAGUACGAGACCCUGGCGUCCGAGCUGCUGCAGUGGAUCGAGCAGACCAUCUUCACCCUCAACGACCGACAGCUGGCCAACUCUCUGAGCGGCGUGCAGAACCAGCUGCAGGCCUUCAACACCUACCGCACUGUGGAGAAACCGCCCAAGUUCACAGAAAAGGGUAAUUUGGAAGUGCUGCUGUUCACUAUCCAAAGCAAGAUGAGAGCCAACAACCAGAAGGUCUACAUGCCCAGGGAGGGCAAGCUCAUCUCUGACAUCAACAAGGCGUGGGAGCGCCUGGAGAAGGCGGAGCAUGAGCGGGAGCUGGCACUGCGCAACGAGCUGAUUCGCCAGGAGAAGCUGGAGAUGCUGGCAGCACGCUUCGACCGCAAGGCCGCCAUGAGGGAGACCUGGCUGAGUGAGAACCAGCGGCUGGUUUCUCAGGACAACUUCGGCAUCGACCUGGGCGCGGUGGAGGCGGCCACCCGGAAGCACGAGGCCAUCGAGACAGACAUCGGGGCGUACGGGGAGCGGGUGGCGGCCGUUGAGGCGGUGGCGCGGGAGCUGGAGGCGGAGGGGUACCACGAGGUGCGCAGGGUGCUGGCCCGCCGGGACAACGUGAUGCGCCUCUGGGAGUACCUGAAGGAGCUGCUGGCCUCCCGCAGGGAGAGGCUGCAGGCGCACCGGGACCUGCAGAGGCUCAUGCAGGAGAUGAGAUACAUCAUGGACUGGAUGGGGGACAUGAAGGGACGCCUGCAGUCCCAGGACAGCGGGAAACACCUGCACGACGUAGACGACCUGCUGCAGACGCACAACCUGGUGGAGGCCGACAUUUCCGCCCAGGCGGAGCGUGUGCGGGGGGUGCAGGCCUCCGCCCUGCGCUUCACCAGCGCCGAGCAGAGCUACAAACCUUGCGAGCCGGCUCUGGUCAGCGAGAAGGUGGCCCUGCUGGGCCGGGCGUACGAGGAGCUGGGGCGGCUGGCGAGCGAGCGGCGGGCGCGGCUGGAGGACUCGCGCCGUCUCUGGCAGUUCCUGUGGGAGCUUGGCGAGGAGGCGGCCUGGAUCCGCGAGCAGGAGCAGAUCCUGGCGGGAGGAGACUGCGGGCGCGACCUCAGCUCCGCCCUCCACCUGCUCAGCAAGCAUGAGGCCUUCCGCGACGAGAUGGCCGCCCGCUACGGGCCCCUGGGACAGAGCAUCGCCGUCGGGGAGGCCCUAGUGCGGGAGGGACACUUCGGGGCCCCGGAGGUCACGGAGAGGAUCCGGGACGUGCGGGCGCAGUGGACCCACCUGGAAGAGGCAUCCCACCUGAGAGAGCAGCGCCUGAAGGAGGCGGUGGCCCUUCACCAGUUCCAGACGGACGCCAACGACAUGGAGGCCUGGAUCAUGGAGACCCUGCGGCGGGUGUCCAGCCCGGACGUGGGGCAUGACGAGUUCUCCACCCAGACGCUGGCACGCAAGCAGAGGGAGGUGGAGGAAGAGAUCCACAGCCACCGCACCCUGAUCGACUCCCUACAUGAGCAGGCGCUGGCCCUGCCCCCGGCCUACGCUCGCUCUCCUCAGGUUGAUGGGCGGCUGCCCGCCAUUGAGCAGCGCUACGAGGAGCUGGAGUCACUGUCGGCAGCACGGCGCCAGGCCCUGGAGGGGGCGCUGGCCCUCUACCGCAUGUUCAGCGAGGCGGGGGCCUGCCAGCUGUGGGUGGGGGAGAAGGAGCAGUGGCUGGACGCCAUGGAGAUCCCGGGGAAGCUGGAGGACCUGGAGGUGGUGCAGCAGAGGUUUGAGACCCUGGAGACUGAGAUGAAUAAUGUGGGCACCCGUAUCUCUGACGUGAACCAAGUGGCGAAGCAUCUUCUGAGCACAGAUCAUCGCAGCAAAGGGCAGAUCCACCAGACCCAGGACCAGCUGAACGACAGGUGGCAGGAGUUUCAGCGGCUGGCCGACAAGAGGAAGCAGGCCCUGGAGUCCGCGCUCAACAUCCAGAACUACCACCUGGAGUGCAACGAGAUCCAGAGCUGGAUGAAGGAGAAGACCAAGGUGAUCGAGUCCACCCAGAGCCUGGGCAACGACCUGGCCGGGGUCAUGGCCCUGCAGCGCAAACUCACAGGGAUGGAGCGCGACCUGGAGGCCAUUCAGGGAAAGCUAGAUGACCUGCGCAAGGAGGCCCAGAAGCUAGCCAGGGAACACCCAGACCAGGCCCAGGAGAUCCAGGCCCGGCUGGAGGAGAUCCAGGAGGUGUGGGAGGAGCUGAACACCACGAUGAAGCGCCGGGAGGAGAGCCUGGGCGAGGCCAGCAAGCUGCAGGGCUUCCUGCGGGACCUGGACGACUUCCAGUCCUGGCUGUCCCGCACCAUGACGGCGGUGGCCUCCGAGGACAUCCCCACCUCGCUGCCCGAGGCCGAGCAGCUGCUCACCCAGCACGAGGGCAUCAAGAACGAGGUGGAUAACUACAAAGAGGACUACGAGAAGAUGCGGGCGGUGGGCGAGGAGGUGACCCAGGGCCAGACCGAUGCCCAGCACAUGUUCCUUGCCCAGAGGCUGCAGGCGCUGGACACCGGCUGGCACGAGCUGCGGCGCAUGUGGGAGAACCGGCACAGCCUGCUGGCCCAGGCCUUUGAUUUCCAGACCUUCCUGCGCGACGUGAAGCAGGCCGAGGGCUUCCUCAACAGCCAGGAGUAUGUCCUGUCCCACACGGAAAUGCCCACCAGCCUGCAGGGGGCGGAAGAGGCCAUCAAGAAGCACGAGGACUUCAUGACCACCAUGGAGGCCAGCGAGGAGAAGAUCACCGGCGUGGUGGAUGCCGGGCGCCGGCUGGUCAGCGAUCUCAACACCAACUCCGACAAGAUCCAGGAGAAGGCUGACUCCAUUAAGGAGAGACAUCAGAGGAACAAGCAGCUCGCCAAUGAGCUCCUGACCAAACUGAAGGACAACCGUGAGCUGCAGCACUUCCUACAGGACGGACAGGAGCUCACUCUCUGGAUCAACGAGAAGAUGCUGACGGCCCAGGACAUGUCGUAUGACGAGGCCAGGAACCUCCACAGCAAGUGGCAGAAGCACCAGGCCUUCAUGGCUGAGCUGGCCUCUAACAAGGACUGGCUGGACAAGAUCGGCAAGGAAGGGCAGGCCUUGGUAAAUGAGAAACCCGAGCUGGAGCCCGUGGUGAGGCAGACACUGGCGGGGCUGCAGCGGCAGUGGGAGGAGCUGGAGGCCACCACCCAGACCAAGGCGCAGUGCCUCUUCGACGCCAACAGGGCGGAGCUCUUCACCCAGAGCUGCUCCGCCCUCGACUCCUGGCUGAGGAACCUGUCCAUUCAGCUGCAGAGCGAUGACUAUGGGAAGGACCUGACCAGCGUCAACAUCCUGCUCAAGAAACACCAGAUGCUGGAGCACCAGAUGGAGGUGCGUGAGAAGGAGGUGCAGGCCCUGCAGUCCCAGGCGCUGGCCCUCUCUCAGGAGGACGCCGGCCUGGCCGAGGUGGACGGCCAGCAGAGGCAGGUGACCGAGAGCUUCUCCCGGCUCCAGGACCCGCUGCGGCAGAGGCGGCAGCGGCUGCUGGCCUCCAAGGAGGCGCACCAGUUCAACCGCGACCUGGAGGACGAGCUCCUCUGGGUGAAGGAGAGGAUGCCGCUGGCCACCUCCACAGACCACGGGAAGGACCUUCCUAGUGUGCAGCUGCUCCUCAAGAAGAACCAGACCCUGCAGAAGGAGAUCCAGGGCCACCAGCCCCGCAUCGACGACAUCCAGGCCCACAGCCGCUCCAUGGGCCCGGGCCGGGACGAGGUGGACGGGGAGCGGCAGACCCGUCUGGAGGGGCGCCUGGCGGAGCUGCGGGACUCCUGGGGGCAGCUCAUCGCCGAGACGGACCAGCGGCGCGGCCGCCUGAUGGAGGCCCACCGCGCCCAGCAGUUCUACGCCGACGCCGCCGAGGCCGAGGCCUGGAUGGGGGAGCAGGAGCUGCACAUGAUGUCGGAGGAGAAGGCCAAGGAUGAGCAGAGCGCCAUGGUGAUGGUGAAGAAGCACCAGAUCCUGGAGCAGGCCCUGGAGGACUACGCCCAGACCAUCCACCAGCUGGCCAACAGCAGCCGCCUCAUGGUGACCAGCGAGCACCCUGAGAGUGAGCGGAUCACCCUACGGCAAGCCCAGGUGGACAAGCUAUACGCGGGUCUGAAGGACCUGGCGGAGGAGAGGCGGGGCCGUCUGCAGGAGCGCCUGAGGCUGACGCAGCUCAAGAGGGAGGUGGACGACCUGGAGCAGUGGAUCGCCGAGAGGGAGGUGGUGGCCGGCUCGCACGAGCUGGGACAGGACUACGAGCACGUCACGAUGUUGCGGGACAAGUUCCGGGAGUUCGCGCGGGACACCAGCACCAUCGGGCAGGAGCGCGUGGACGGGGUGAACGCGCUGGCGGACGACCUGAUCGAGUCGGGCCACCCGGAGAACGCCAGCGUGGCGGAGUGGAAGGAUGGGCUGAACGAGGCCUGGGCUGACCUGCUGGAGCUGAUUGACACGCGCACACAGAUGCUGGCCGCCUCCUACGAGCUGCACCGCUUCCACCAGGACGCCCGCGAGGCGCUGGGCCGCGUGCGGGAGAAGCGGGAGGCGCUGCCCUCCGACCUGGGCCGCGACCUCAACACCGUGCAGCACCUCCACCGCCAGCACACCGCCUACGAGCACGACAUCCAGGCCCUCAGCGGACAGGUGAACCAGGUGCAGGAGGACGCGGCGCGGCUGCAGAAGGCCUACGCCGGCGAGAAGGCCGACGACAUCCACAGGCACGAGCGCGCCGUGUCCGAGGCCUGGGAGGCCCUGCUCUCCGCCGGCCAGGCUCGCCGGCUCCUCCUGCUGGACACUGUGGAGAAGUUCCGCUUCUUCAACAUGGUACGCGACCUCAUGCUCUGGAUGGACGGGGUCAACCUGCAGAUCGAUGCCCACGACAGCCCCAGGGACGUGUCUUCGGCGGGGCUGGUCAUCGCCAACCACCAGGACAUCAAGUCGGAGAUCGAGGCCAGAGCCGACAGCUUCACUGCCUGCAACGACAUCGGCCGCUCACUCAUCAACAACAAGCACUAUGCUUCGGACGAGAUCCGGGAGAAACUAGAUCAGCUCCAGGCCAAGAGGGACGAGAUCAAUAAAAAGUGGAAGGACAAGAUGAACUACCUUCAGAUCGUGCUGGAGGUGCUGCAGUUUGGGCGGGACGCCUCGGUGGCGGAGUCCUGGCUGGCGGGACAGGAGCCGCUGGUACGAGCCGCGGAGCUGGGCUCCAACGUGGACGAGGUGGAGAGCCUGAUCAAGCGGCACGAGGCAUUCGAGAAGCUGGCCGCUGGCUGGGAGGAGCGCUUCACGCAGCUGGAGAAGCUCACCACGCUGGAGGAGCUGGAGCUCCAGAGGAGGAGAGAGGAAGAGGAGAGAGCGCGACGACCCCCCACGCCACCCCCAGCUGAUGAGGUGGUACAGUCCGAGGCUGAUAGCCACGCCCACGAAUCUGCUGCCAGGACCAGUUUAGACCAGACAACUCUGAACCAGUCUGUGUCUGUAAACGGAGUCCACAGCGAUCAAGACACUUCACAGUCGAUAUCAGUGUCAGUGACCAAGAAACCUGACACUAAACCUGACCCUAAAUUAAGGUCGCUGGAGCCUGGAUCUGAGUCCGAGUCGGUGAACGGGCCGGGUCGGGACAGUGGGCUGCCGUCGUCCUCCCGCCUGGACCCCUCCGCACCCUUCGCCACGCUGCCCAGCAAGGGCACUGCCGAGGCCCCGCCCGUCGAGACCAUGGAGGGAAUGCUCUGCCGCAAGCAGGAGAUGGAGUCGCACAGCAAGAAAGCGGCCAGCAGAUCCUGGCAGAACGUCUACUGCGUCCUGCGGAAGGGGAGUCUGGGCUUCUACAAGGACAACAAGGGCGCCGCCAACGGCGUGCCCUACCACGGCGAGGUGCCCAUCAGCCUGACCGACGCCGUGUGCGAGGUGGCCCACGACUACAAGAAGAGGAAACACGUCUUCAAGCUCCGGCUUGGUGAUGGAAAGGAAUACCUCUUUCAAGCAAAAGAUGAGGCUGAGAUGAGCUCCUGGAUCCGCUCCAUCAUCUCGUCCAUCCCGGCGGGCAGGGCAGGUGAGCGCUCCCCGGGCGGCCCUGCCGUCCUGAGCCGGGCCAUGACCAUGCCCCCCAUCUCGCCCAGCACGGUGGAGGCCGGCGGGGUCACCAUGCGCAGCAAGGAGGGCAAGGAGAAGGACCGGGAGAAGAGGUUCAGCUUCUUCGGCAAGAAGAAGUAAAAAAAAAAAAAAAUUAAAAAAUAAAACACGCUGGACACAAACUAACUUAACAGAAGCAGAGGGACCGAAAUCUGGCAUCGACACGUUGGCUCUGAGCCCUGGUCCUGGGAUGUGUCCUGUGAGGCUCCAGCAGAGCUUUCUCUGGUUGGCCGGGCUGCCGUUCGGAUGAGAGCUCUGUUGGAACGGGGAGUCAAAGGACACUGGGGAUGGGGGGCGGGGGCGGGGCAGGGCGGGGCAGAAGCCGUAGCAGUAGCAGGGCCAGGAGCCAAUCGGAUGAGAGACAUCUUUAGAGUCCAUUGUAUUCAGUUUGCAGCCCCUCAGUUCUUUUGAGUUCUGGAAUGGUUAUGCUCAAAACACAGUCCAACCACAGGGGAGGCCAUUAACAACUGAAAGGAAACCAUCCUAGGGGCCAUCAAUCCACCUCUCUCACUUUCUCUUUGUGAAAUUGCUUGA